UGGUAGCUGUAUGACCUCUUCUCUCCAACUGCGAUCUCGCGCGCGCACAGGAAGACUCUAAACUCGUCAGUGUGUCUGAGAGAGAGGUUCUAAAAUCGAUUGUUCGCAGUGAAAACGAUGUUCGCUCUCGAAAUCUGAGUAAUAAUUAAGCGCAUCCUGGAUUCCAUUCCAUUUUUGAAUCUCCAACAGUAUCGUCUAUUGCUUUGAAUCCUGCUAGAAUUGGAGAUAAUCAUCUUGCUGAAAAUGCGAUGCAAUGCUUGCUGGCGGGAGCUAGAAGGACGUGCUGUUUCAACCACAUGUGGCCAUCUCUUAUGCACUGAAGAUGCCAGUAAGAUCCUCAAUACUGAUGGUGCCUGUCCUAUUUGUGAUCAAGUUCUUUCCAAAAGUCUCAUGAAGCCUGUGGAGAUCAAUCCAAAUGAUGAAUGGACAAAUAUGGUCAUGGCUGGAAUAUCUCCGCAGAUAUUGAUGAAGAGUGCAUACAGAAGUGUGAUGUUCUAUAUCGGGCAGCAGGAACUGGAGAUGAAAUACAAAAUGAAUAGAAUAGUAGGUCAGUACAAGCAGAAAUGUGAAAUGAUGCAAGAAAAGUUCACUGAAAAAAUGGAGCAGGUGCAUACUGCUUACCAGAAAAUGGCCAAGAGGUGUCAACUGAUGGAACAAGAAAUCGAAAGCUUAACCAAAGAUAAGCAAGACCUCCAAGAAAAGUUUGCUGAGAAAUCAAGGCAAAAAAGGAAACUUGACGAGAUGUACGAUCAAUUGAGAAGUGAAUACGAGUCAACAAAACGAUCUGCUGUUCAACCUGUAAGCAAUUUCUAUAGAGCUGAUCCUGAUUUGUUUUCAACUCCAGCUAACAUGAUGGAUAACAGAGAACCAACUAGAAAAGAUCGGUUGGUUUUCUCCCCUGAAACUCCAGGACCCAAAGAUGAUAUAUGGCCGCCACCAACAAGGCAGACGAGUUCAAAUUCCAUAUCAUUUGAUAUCAAUUCACCCAUAAAGCAAUCAACUGCAGGAGUUGAUCCUGGCAAUAGGAGGACUGUUAACCGAUCCGAGUUUGGAGCCACACAAGGACCCUCAAAUCCAUCAAUGACUAUGAGAAACCUGAUCCUUUCACCAAUAAAACGGCCUCAACUGUCGCGUCGAAACACUCAGAUCUUCAGGUAAAUUGAAACACUAUUUCCAUCUAUGAAUUAUGGCUUUUCCAAUAAACCAACAGUUUGUAGACAUCCAUAAUACACUGCUAUUAUUUUGAUU